CGUGGUUUCAAAUAUGAUCCUGCAAUCACAGCAAUAACCGCCCAUGGAACAGUGAACACCAAUCAGGCUACUUCGUGACACAGGCACGUGAAUAUUAGAAGCUUAUAAAAAAUAAUGUUAGCUGCACGUGCGCCUAGAUGCGCUGACAGGAUGUAGUGAGACAAUCAUAUUUUGUCUUAAAUGUGGGAAAAGGCUUUUUUCUUUUCUGGCAGUCUGAUCCAUCCAUUGUCAGUGCCAGCAGCAGUCAUAUGCUGUCAACCACCUUCCUCCCCAGUGCGCCUGCGCUCCCUCUCCUCUCUCUCUCUCUCUCUCCCUCCCUCCCUCCGUCGGUGGCUUCGUUCUCUACCUGACAGCUCGUCGGAGGACGUGCACACAGCCGAGCCCCGGGCUCCUCGCUAGCAGUGAUAAAGGGCCGCGCGGGUCUGUGUAUCGGCAAGGGGGAGUCUGGGCCGGAUACUGACCAGCUGUCGUCCCCGAGCAUCCGGCUCCGCGCAGCGGCAUGGAGCGCUCCUGAUCCCGGCAGGACGCCCGGAGAGCUCAGCCAUCCUUCCCCGCGUCUCAUCUUGGAUAUUUCGAGGCCCGGCCAUGUCUGCGAGAGAGAAGGGGAGCCUGACCAAAGACAGUGUCAGCCUGCUGCCCUGUUUCUAUUUUGUAGAGCUGCCGAUCCUGGUGUCGUCCGUGGUCAGCCUGUACUUCCUGGAGUGGACGGAUGUGUUCAAGCCGACAAAGUCCGGCUUCAACUGCCACGACCGCAGCCUGAGCCUUCCCUACAUCGACCCCAACCGCGAGGUCAUCCCCCUCCUGAUGCUGCUCAGCCUGGCCUUCGCCGGACCUGCCAUCACGAUAAUGAUCGGAGAGGCCAUCUUGUUCUGCUGCCUGUCUCGGAGGAAGAGCGGCGCCGAGGCCAACAUCAACGCCGCAGGCUGCAACUUCAACUCCUUCAUACGCAGAGCUGUUCGCUUCGUCGGCGUCCAUGCUUUCGGUCUGUGUGCCACGGCCCUCAUCACCGACAUCCUCCAGCUGAUGACAGGCUACCCGACACCCUACUUCCUCACUGUGUGUAAACCCAACUACACCGCGCUCAACAUCAGCUGCGAGCAGAACCCCUACAUCAUGGAGGAUAUCUGCUCGGGGUCCGACUCCGCAGCCAUCAUGCAGGCCAGGUGAGGAGGCGUUUCAGAAGUUAGACACUCAAGCACAUUAGUGUAAAUAACAUUCAUUCUCAAAAUAUUUAACGACAGACAUGUACCUGAAACAUGCACAUAACUGAACUGAAAUCUGAAAGGCUUCCCCGGCUUUACAGGAACAGUGUUGUUCCUUCAUUUCAUUGUCAUCUGUCUGGAUCUCCAGGUGAUGUGGUGGUUCACUUAUACACUUUAGUUUCUAUCUUUAUCUUUUGAACCUGUUUUCACUGCUGAGUCAGUAUAACAUCCUGAAAUGCUUCAAAAGCAUAUUAUAGACCCUUCUGUCUGCUUCUCUCUGAAAUCACUUUUACAUAUAAAAAAAAGAAGCUCAUAUUUAUU